AUGAGCGAGGAAAAUGUGAGCCAGCCGGAGAGUCAUGUCACCCAGGACCAGGAGAGUCCUGCCCAGGUGGACCUGGAAAGCUCAGUUUCUUCAGGUACCUCAAGAUUUGAAAACCAGACAGGAUCAACAACUGAUGAGGAAGAAUACACAAGGGCCAGUGAAACCAUUUUGGACUCUGCUUCCACUACAAGCCUUAGCCUUUACGAGACCCCACCAACUUCAGUCCUCACACAGACAGAUUCCAGCUGGCUUCUCAGUCAGAGCCUCAGGAAGAGUGAUAAAGAGACUGAGUCAAUCGUGGAGGAUGACAUUAGUGACUCAACCUCAAAAGGGAGCCUCGACGACCUCAUUGCUCAUUCUGAGUUUAUUGAUGAAGAAUCUGAGAAGUUGUUUAGGCCUGCCCUUUACACGCUGCCCAGUGUUGGACUACCUACUAUCCUGGCUUAUAAACAUGAGUCCAAAGAGAAACCGAUUAACUACAAAGCUGUAAUGCCAGAGGUAAAGAGUGAUUGGUUACAAAAUCCUAGGGAACUUCAUGAUGUCAAGGAGUAUUGGCAGUGGAUGAGUAACAAAUUAAUACAAAAAGAACUUUCACAUCUCAGCAGUGAAAAUCAGUUCAGCCAGAGUAACAAGUCACUGAUACAAAAAGAACUUUCAUAUCUCAGCAGUGAAAAUCAGUUCAGCCAGAGUAACAAGUCACUGGAUAAAACACCACACCUUUCAAAAUCUAUCAGCGAGCACCAGUGGGAGCAGUUUAGAGAAUCUGUGGUAUCAAUCGGAUUUGAUUUGUGCCAAUUUUGUGGGAAAAACUUAAAGCCCUUACCUACGCCCAAAAAACUGAGCACAGAAGCACCCGAAACACUCUUUUGCUGUAAACAAUAUCAGGACUUGUUUGAGUUCCUCAUGAGAGAAGAAGCUCUCAUGAAGUUGAAAGCUGGUUUGGAAUUGAUUGAUAUCUCACCUCAUCUUCCGUUUGGUAGUGUACUCGAGAGGGAACAAGCCAAGGAGAAAGCAGCAAUGAGGUUACGUGACAGGGAAAUGGAAACAUUUCUGAGAAAGGCAAAAGAAAGGCACCGAGCUUCCCCUGGACCAAGAAGACUCACUACAAUUACUUUUCACUUAUCAACUUCAUUGGAUUUCGUAACCUUAAAAGAAGAAAGAAGGAGAGUUGAAGAACGUGAUAAUAUUUUUACAGAAUCAGGGGAUGAUACAUUCAGUUGGCACAAGGAUAUUCCCUCCUCUUUCAUGGUGAAGUACUACAGGAAUGGGAAUAAGUUUCUUACGGCUUUUCCAGACGGAAUGGCUCAGAUAUUCUACCCCUCUGGAAAUUUGGCAAUUCUGAUUUUUAUUGACAAGCAAAAGAAGAUUAGCUGCAUCGUGCAGGAGGACAGAGCUAGUGAACCAGCAAUUCGAGCAGUAUUUAGCUCCAAUGGGAGGUGCACCUGUUAUCAUCCAAAUGGGGUGGUCUGGAUAAAUAUUAAUGCCUUGGGCGGCCAUUAUUUGGAUCAGCAAGGCACCCGAGUGAAGAGAUGGUGCUGGAGAGAGCGUUUGUCCCCUCUUAUCUUUGCACCUUUUAAACCAAUUUUCAUAUCGUUAAAUGAAAACAUCGGUGUCAGAAUUAUAGAGCAAGGACGGAUUUUUAUUACUUUUUUGGCUAUGGGGCAACAAGCAAAAUUCAAAGUGGGAAGAAAACUGAAGCCAAAAAGAGUAUCAAAGGAAUUCCUUACAAACUCUUGGAUAACUGAAGACGAACUUCUCCUUCAGGCCAGCCAGCUAAAAGUUCGAACAGCAAUCAACAAAUUGUGCAUUACCCUGAACUUUCCAAGCAACAACCCGGAGAAAAUUCCACUCCCACUUUAUCUUGUGUCUCAACAACAAAGGCUCGCCCGACUUUAUGCAAAUAUUAAAGUGGAAGAAAGCGUUGAGGUGGAAAAAGCUGCCUGAGGAAUACAGAUGAAAAGACACUGCAGUUGGCUGAAAGCCAUUUGAUGCUGGCAUUGUUGGAGCAAAGGUUCAUAUUUCUUCCAAGAAGCUAGAAAACGUUCUGAAAGUUUACUCUAAUGUUUCUUCUACAUGUUUCGUGGAGCAAGGUGGUUUCCCCAAAGAGAAGCAUCAGAUCCUUUUGAAGGUCUCAGAGGCCAUAAUUCGUGGAGACCACUUGAAGUACCCCUGUAAUAUAUUAGGGUCUCAAGACAGGAGCAAGGUGAAAAAGGAUUAAAAGAACAAGAAGCUGUGAAAUAUGACCAGGCGGAUUUGCAGACACGAGUAGCUGCUGACGGACUGUGAGCUCUCAUGAUAACGCACACUUCAUCCUCAGCAAGUCGACCAAAGGGAU